AUGAAAAUUAUGAUUCCUGUUUCCAUCAACAAGCUUUUCGAGGCAUCUAUUCAAACAGAACAAGUAGGAGGUUUCUCAAAUCUGUUCAUCCUACAGAAGAAGAAGAAGAACUUGAGCAACCGGCUAGUGGCGUUAUCGAAGCGGCGGUUGGGGCUGUUCAAGAGAGCGAGCGAGCUCUGCGUUCUGUGCGGCACCGAGAUCGCCAUCAUCGUCCAAUCCCUCGGCAAGCACUUCUACUCCUUCGGCCACAACUCCACCGACGCCGUCAUCGACCGCCACCUCGGCGGCGGUGAAGACCACGAGAGGGACGUCGUCGCCGCCCCUGCGGAAUUCAACUUGUACAGGUUCGUGUUAAAGGAGUUGGAAUUGGAGAAGAAGCGGAUGAAGGUGGCCGAGGAGGACGACGGUGGGGAUGUGUUUUGGUGGAAUCAGGGUGUGGAGGAGCUGGAAUUGGAUGAACUGGAGCAGUUCGCGAUGGCGCUGGAUGAGUUGUCGAAGAAUGCCGAUCGUAGGGCUAAGGAUCUCAUGGGUUCGUUCUUGUCGCUGUCGCUGGCGCCUCCCUACAGAAUCGCAUUGCUCCUAAUUAAGGGUUGGACAUGGUCGGUUUCGAAGAGAAGACUUCUCCUGCGUGGAAUUAAUUCAAGUUCUUGUUUUUUUGUUUCUUUAUCAUCUUCUUGCAAAUAUUACUGUGUGGAAUGGAAUUCCACCUUUUUCUUUCGAUUGAAAUGA